AUGAUUGAUACUUUUUUCAGACUUUUCGCCACGAUUUUCAUUUGGCCUUACGCAGGAUGUGACUCAAAUCUAUUAGCACAAUGUGCUGUGAAGUUGCUGAACGUAAGUAAUCUAUUCCGGACCACGGUUUACGUUACGAUGAGUCCAGGGGUCACUCGUAACUUUCGAUCGGAACUGUUGUUUUCUAUGCACCAAAACUAUAAGCCCGCGUUGUUGUUGAACGAAUUUCACGUGGAAUUAUUCAACCCGAAUCGGUAUAUUCUGCCGCACGCGUACCUGGUGGCCGCGCGUAACACAUCCGAUCUAAUCGACCAUUUGGACAAGAUUAACGUGACGGACGCGUUGUGGCGACCGGAAGUGAAUUUCGUCGUGAUCUUGGAAACGUUCACCGAGCUGUCUGAACACAUACUUGAACCCGUGUUUCGGCGGUUCUGGACCAACAACAUGUUCAAGUCGGUGUUACUGAUACCGGCGAUCGACGAAGACGCAGUCGAAGCGUUUUACUGGUAUCCGUUUCAGAAGAGGUGUGGUGAGUACCACACGCCGACGCUGGAGGACUUGUGCACUCGGGGAGACAACAACGACAGUCAAUGGACCGUUUUCGACGUGUUUGAAAAAAUAAUACCCGACACUUUCUACAACUGUACGGUGAAGAUAGUCGGGUUCAAUUGGGCGCCCAUGACUUUGCUGUCGAAUCAGACGCCUAGGACGAUGUUACACGGCAUGGACGUCGAGGUGGUCAAGCUGAUGGGUCGGAUAGGAAACGUAAAGCUGGAGUUUCACGAGGUAAAAAAGAAUCAACGAUGGGGAGUCAAGUUGGCGAACGGAACUUGGAAUGGUGGGUUUGGUGAGUUGAGCAGACAUCGAGCCGAUUUCCUAAUCGGUGGAGGAAUUCUCACAGCCGAACGGAGGGAGAUGUUCGAUUCCGCACCGGCACGGCAAGUCAUUCGAUUUCCAAUUUACACGCCACUACCGAGAAAGUUGCCAUACUGGCAAAACAUAUUAAAAGUAUUUUCCGGUAACUUUUGGCUAACGCUAUUCGUAGUUUUCUUCUUGACAUCUACUCUGCUCUGGCUUUCUGGUAUUAGUUUACCAACGGAGAGACGUGUGUUUUCCGACUGUGGUUACUGUUUCAUUAUUUCUUGGGCAAUAUUGUGCAGCGUAGCCAGUGGACAGCAACCCACAUCGGUGUCGUCGAAAAUGAUUUUUCUCUCGUGGGUCAUAUACAUGUUGCACAUAAGUGCUGUGUACACGUCGAUGCAAUUGAUAUACCUGUAUAAGCCAAAGUACGAGCCGCCAAUGCGCACCAUAAAUGACGUCAGGGAGUCCGGACUUACAAUAUGCAGUGUACCGACUUUUAUACCGAUCGCGCACGCUAUGGACAAAGAAAAUUUUAACUUAACCGAGUAUAUACCCUGUAUUGAUAUGGUGGCAUCUGCAAAAAGACUUUUGAAGAAAAAAGAUAUCAUCAUACUUGACCCGGAAGACCAUUUCGAGGCUUUGAUUUCGGGUUCAAUCAAAAAAGUCAAUAAAGUGGAAGAAGUAGUUAUUGUGUACAAUAUUGGUAUAUUCAUGCAGAAGGGGAAUCCGUACAAAGGUAUACUGUCGAAAGCCCAAAUCACUGCAUAUGAAACUGGAUUGCAUGAUAAAUGGAGGCAAGAUGCAUCACCAUCACGACCAAUAAAGAAAGAAAGAAACAUCAAAGUGAAGAAAUUGAGUGUUAAUGAAUUACAGGGUGCGUUUAUAAUACUAAUAUGUGGACUUGGAACGAGCUUAGUGAUAUUCAUUUUCGAAUGGUUAAUCGGACCAAAUUAA